AUGGCAUCCGGCCCUUCAAUCGCCACGGUGUACGUUCGCAAUCUCGAGGAACGAGUCAAGAUUGAUGUCUUGAAGGAAUCGCUCCUUCAGAUUUUCUCCGAGUACGGAAAUGUACUCGAGAUUAUUGCCAAAACCAAUUUGAAGUCAAAGGGUCAGGCGUUCAUCGUGUUCGACGACGCGGAUUCAGCACAGAACGCCAUUGACGAAGUCCAGGGCUUCGAGCUGUUCGACAAGCAAUGCAAGUUGCGUUGGCUAAGACUAGGAGCGAUGCGACAGUGA